UUAUCAUUGCACCAUAACCACCAUGUCUGUACCUCUUGUGUUUAUCACUGGGGCCACCGGUUUUAUCGGCAGCGCUACUGCUCUCGAGGCUCUGAAGGCAGGAUAUCGUCUUCGAAUCGGCGUCCGCAAGAGAUCAGUGAGACUCGAAAGUGUAUUAUCGGACCAUGCCGGCCAGUGGGAAUUCGUCACCAUCCCAGAUCUGACUGACGAAGCUGCCUUUAGGGGCAAGCUUGGUGGAGUGGACUUUGUCUUGCAUCUAGCCUCACCUCUUGCGCGUGGCACAGACAAGGAUGCCAUAUUCACUCCCGCAGUGAACGGAACAUUGGCCUUGCUGAAGGAGGCAGCUAAGGUGCCAAGCAUCAAGAAGAUUGUGAUCACUUCAUCUAUCGCUUCAUUGAUUCCUAUUACCGGAGUACCCGAAGGUGGUGUCGUCAAAGAAAAAAAUGAUUGGAAUUACAAUGUGGACGCAGCGGCAAAUUUCGAGGAUCCUACCAAUCCUGGUGGAACACCGAUGACUCUGUACCGAGCAUCCAAAUUACUUGCUAACAACGCCGCCUGGGAGUUCAAGAACACUGAAAAGCCACACUUUUCAUUGGUUACUAUUCAUCCGUCGUUUGUUUUCGGUACCAAUCUCAUGCAGACCUCCGCCGAGGAAGUCCAAGCCGGAUCCAAUGGUAUUCUCUGGGGUAGUGUGAUGGGAGGUGUUCCACUUGGCGGCAUUACUGGCGUACAUAUCCAAGAUGUUGCUGAAGCUCACGUCAAGGCGUUGGACCCGAAAAUCCAGGACGGCUCAAAGUACCUGCUUUCCGCGCCAGCAACCACUUGGAGAGACGUGGCUCGGGUUGUGCUCAAGGCCUACCCUAAUAUUGGCGCGAAGAUUACAGAGGAGGUCGAGGGUAGCCCUUCCAUACCCACCGACACAACCAAGGCAGAGGUGGAACUUGGAAUGCAAUGGCGAUCGUGGGAGGACAUGGUGCGAAGCGUGAUGGACCAGCAGCUGGGUUUCUUGCACGGCUAAGCCAAAGAGUUAUUUGAUAGAUUUCCCUCGAUAGGUCCUUUGUUUGUGCUUAUGGAUAAGGCAUUUACCACUGUCUUCACAGUUACAUCCUAUCUACUCCUUGCCGAUUUCAAUUGACAAUGAUUAUUAUUGACA